ACUUUUCUCAGUCUAUGCCGUAUUAUAUUUUAGGUUAUAGGUUUUGUCUAAUUGUCAGAUAAACUGUUUACAAGGGUUAUAAAUUUGAUAAUUAAGAGAUUCAUAUAUACGUUUAGAGAGAACAUAUGACAUUAAUUAUCAAAUUACGAGAUUGUAAUUUUAGAAUUUAAUUCAAUAUAAUUUUAAUAAUGAGGAUCGCUGUAGAAGGUUGUGCUCACGGCGAAUUAGAUAUCAUUUAUGAGACUAUACAGGAGAUUGAAAAGAUAGAUGGAAAGAAGAUAGAUUUGCUUAUUUGUUGCGGCGAUUUUCAAGCUACCAGAAAUUUAAGCGACUUACAAUGUAUGGCAGUGCCAGAUAAAUAUAAAAAUAUAUGUACCUUUUACAAAUAUUAUUCGGGUGAGAAAAAAGCCCCAGUAUUAACUAUUUUCAUUGGAGGCAAUCACGAAGCGUCAAAUUAUCUUCAGGAAUUGCCAUAUGGAGGAUGGGUUGCACCUAACAUUUAUUACCUUGGAUAUGCAGGUGUCGUACAAGUAGCUGGAGUAAGAAUUGCAGGACUUUCAGGUAUCUAUAAGAGUCAACAUUGGAUGCAGGGACGUUAUGAAAAACCUCCAUAUAAUGAUAGCACUAUACGAAGCAUAUAUCAUAUUAGGAAUUUGGAAGUCUUUAGGUUAAAACAGCUUUCUGGCAAAAUUGAUAUUUUUCUAUCACAUGAUUGGCCAGCAGGAGUGACAAAAUAUGGAGAUGAAGACACGUUGUUAAGACAAAAACCUUUCUUUAAAGAUGAUAUAGAAAACAAUACCCUUGGUAGUCCUCCAGGUAUGGAAUUGUUAGAACGUCUAUAUCCUUCUUACUGGUUCUCAGCACAUUUACAUUGUAAAUUCGCGGCGCUCAUUCCCGAAAAGGAAGGAGCACGAGUGACAAAAUUUCUAGCGCUGGACAAGUGUCUACCAAAACGAAAAUUCCUUCAAGUACUGGAAAUAAAUUCGCAAAAGGAUGGUUUGAUAAAAUUGGACUAUGAUCUUGAAUGGCUAACAAUAUUAUAUUUAACGAAUCACUUAUUAAGUGUCAAGAACAAUUAUCACUACAUGCCUGGUCAGUAUGGCGUUGGCAGGUGGAUGUACACACCCACUACGAAAGAGAAACAAACUGUAUAUGAGAAAUUUAAAUCUAAUUUACAAAUUCCUUGCAACUUCACUCAAACUAUGAAACCAUACGAUCCACAAGAUACAACACACGUUCGAGUCGAACAGCCACGAUUACUGAUAAAUGAUCAGACUACUCAAUUCUGCCAAAUGCUGGGCAUCGACGAUCCCUCCACCUUGCUGCAAAUUAUUACGAGCACUACUUCAACUUCGAAGGAUAAGUCGAGCGAAAUGGAGACGUCCGGCGAGUACAUGUCGGAAUCCAUGGAGGUCUCAUUUGAGGAGGAGAGCGUGCUUAGUUCUACUUUUCAGGAAAAUUCGACGAAUAAAUAUUUUGUUGAUAGUUCACCGACGAAUCUAUCCUCAAAAACGAAUGAUGAUGAAUAUCAUAAUUCUGAUUAUACAGACACGAGUAAAAGCACCUUAGAGGAUGUUCAUAAUUCCACUACGUUUGUAGAACCUGCUUCGACAAAAGAUAGUGUACAAACUGAGCCAAACUGCAAGAAAUUUAAACGUCGGAAUUAUUCUAUAUACUCUAACACAUUCUUAUGGUGGCAAAACAAAUGUGACAGUGUCAGUUCUUCCCAAUUGUUGACUACUUUGAACGCAAAAAUGGACAAAUUGACUAUCAUUUCGGGGAUACUGUUUCUGCUGGCGGAUAUCUCUGCCAUAAUUAGCAUCGCUAUGCCGGAUUGGAUCAUUACCGAUGUCGGCGGUGAUACAAGACUAGGUCUCAUGUGGUCAUGCAUGACCUUGUACAACAGACCACAGGUCUGUUACAAGUCAGAUCUGCAAUCGGAAUGGUUGAUGGCACUGGUCUGCAUAUUUGUAGGAUGCAUUUUAAUAACAGCAACCAUAAUAUUACUGGUCAUUUCACAUUGGGAUCGUAGUGUCAUUCCUUAUGCACGUUGGGUAGGAUUUGGUGCAAUGGUGCUAUUUUGUGCUGCGGCAGUUAUAUUUCCCAUGGGAUUCCAUAUUGACGAAAUUGGUGGGCAACCAUAUCAAUUGCCUAAUUCACAUCAAGUUGGAAUUGCAUAUAUUUUAUUUGUCCUAGCAUUAUGGAUUACAGUAAUUUCUGAACUUUUUGCUGGCAAAGUUUGUCUGCCACAUUUUUAGCAUUAUUCCAUAAAAAAAUAUUUGUUAAUUAUAUUAUCUUUACAUUAA